AGAUAAAAUUCCACUCUCCUGCACGAGUCCAUGUAGUCAUCUCGCUGACGAAUGGCGCAAGACAAUAAAAACGCCGUUUCAUCUAUGCUGCCGCCGACGGAGGAAACAACCGCCACCUCCAAGCCUCCACCGCCGCUGCCAACCAUCCCGUUCGACCUCGUGGUGGAAAUUCUAUGCAGGCUUCCUGUGAAAUCCCUCUUGCAACUCCGCUGCGUAUGCAAGUCAUGGAAAACCCUAAUCUCCGAUCCCGAAUUCGCCAAAACGCACCUCCGCUGUUCACCGAAGGACUUCACCUGCCACCACACCAUGGCUAAUCUCAGAUCCUACAGAAGCCGCGCUCUCAUGGUUUACCCGCUCCAAUCUGUUUUCAACGCCGCCGCUGUGACCACCCCCGCCACCGCCACCCGGGUCAAGUACCCUCUCAACGAUCAAAACCGAUUCAAUUUCAUCGCUGGCUCCUGUCAUGGCAUGCUCUUGUUGGACAUUGAUGAAAGCUCUCCUAUUCUAUGGAACCCUUCCACCCGGAGAUUUAAGAAACUACCAUCUUUGGAAAAUCCACUUCUAGAGGAAGAAGAUUGUGAAUGUUACACAACAUACGGUUUCGGUUAUGAUCAUUCCACUGAUAGGUACAAGGUGGUUGCAGUUUUCUGCUUAAAAUGUGAUGAUGAUGAUGAUGAUGAGGUGUAUUACGAAACACAAGUCAAGGUUCAUACUCUGGGUACAGAUUCUUGGAGGAGUAUUGAAGAUUUCGGUUCAGGUGAUCCAGGUAAUGAAUCAGGAAAAUUUGUGAGUGGUACUCUUAAUUGGUUGUUGUCAGAUGAUUUGGUUAUUGUUUCUUUUGAUUUGGGGAAUGAAAGUUAUCAAGAACAUUGUCUGCCUGUUUGUGGAGGAGUGGUUUGGGGGUAUUUAGAGAUUGCUUGUGCUUCAUUGCUGAUCAUGAUGAUCAUGCGUUUGGUGAUAUUUGGCUUAUGAAGGAGUAUGGAAAUAAAGAUUCAUGGACUAAAUUGUUCCGUAUGAAGAUGAUGGAACUAGACCUUUUAAUUCCCUACUUACUUCAUAUUUCCGAGGAUGGUGAAGUGCUGCUGUUGGAUCAUAGAGGAAAGUUAGUUCUUUACAAUUCCAGAGAGGCCACUUUUAAGACUGCCCGAAUUCAAGAUUCCAAUAGACCAAUGGACUCUGCGGUCUAUGUAGAAAGUUUGAUAUCACCUUGUUCUUUAUAAUAGGAUGUGAAUGUUAUGCUUGAACUUGAAGAAUCCUUCAAACCAAGUGUUCUAAUUACUUUUGCUUUAUUGAAGUUUGAUGGAAAAUGCAAUUUGAGAAAUUGGUGUGUUAAUUUAGUUAGAGUUUGUUGGUUCUUUGGUUCUAUAUGUAUGUACCCUGCUUUGUGUAAUUCACUAUGCAUUGGAUUAGAUGGGUAAUGAAGAGAGAACUUGUUUUGUUGGUUUUU